AUGAGCUCGGCGAGUUUUCCUUCCCUUACCUCGAGCGAGGACCUUGAAUCGCAAGACUCGGCAGCUUCGACCGCGCCGACGAGUCUAGCCGCCACACCCGCGCCAUCGUCGCCCAAGCAGAGUUCCAACGCGCUCAGCUUUACCGAAUGCCGCACAUCGGCACCAAAGGAGCCGGACCACUUCAACUCGCUCCCAUCCCCCUUUUAUCCGGCAUCACUCCUUUCGGCCGAUGAGAAGCAGGAGCAUCUCUUGCCCGCGCUGCCUUUGCAGUACCCUGCGUUGCCGGCAACGACGAGACCGGAGCAACCCUGCGACACCGACAGGGGCACACCGGACGAGUGGAUCGUGCGUGACGAGAAGCUGGUGCGAUUGACGGGCAAGUGGCCCUUCAACUGCGAACCUCCUUUGCCUGAUCUAUGGAACUCGGUAAGUUUUCGGACAUCACGUCUGACCUAACCUUCGCAACGACUAGGGCGGGGACUGCACGAUGGGCCCAUUCAAGUCGCUGACCCCUCUGAAACCGUUGGUGCACACUCGCAGGGAUUCUUGACACCGACGAGGUUGUUCUACGUCCGGAACCACGGAGUGGUGCCCAAAGUCUCGAGGCAAGAUGCUGAAGCGUGGACGUUUGAUAUCGGAGGGUAAGUCGGAAGUCUUGGGCCUUUGCGUUGGAAUGCGCGGUAUGGACUGAAGGCUGACAGGGGGUUGGGUCACAUUUUCUUCUUGUCGCGCACGAUACAGCCUCGUCAAGCGCCCCUGCACAUUAUCCCUCGCCGACUUGCUCGAUCCCUCUCGUUUCAACGCGUUGACCCUUCCUGUGACGCUGGUCUGCGCCGGCAACCGACGCAAGGAGCAGAACGUCGUUCGCAAGUCGCUCGGCUUCUCCUGGGGGGCGGCUGGCCUCUCGACAGCGCUGUUCACCGGUGUCUACUUGGCGGAUGUACUUGAUUACGUCUGCCCCCAAAACGAAGGCAAGAUCGGCCAACCUGGCUUCAAGCGCGCCGAGCACGUCAUCUUUGAGGGAGCCGAGGACCUGCCGAACGGCAAAUACGGAACGUCGCAGCGUCUGAGGUGGGCAAGACUUCGGGAGAAGGGGAUGAUGCUGGCAUGGGCGAUGAACGGAGAGGUUGGUCUGUGUUUACAAUGGAUGAUCCCACCCGCUUCGAUUUAGUUCUGACCGGUCUUGUCGUGUUCUCACGUUAGGCACUCGAGCCUGAUCAUGGCUACCCGCUUCGACUUGUUGUGCCGGGCCAAAUCGGGGGUCGAAGUGUCAAGUGGCUCAAAAAAAUCAUCGUCAGCGACAAGGAGAGCGAUCAUCACCUGCAUUACUGGGACAACAAGGUCCUGCCCACCACCUUGAUGCCCGAGCAAGCGAGAAGUGAGCGACAGUGGUGGUAUGAUCCUCGGUGAGUCACUCGCGCCGCAUGCUCUACACCCAGAAAAUCGCAAAACAGUCGCUGACCCAGCCCCGAUGCCCCCAGAUACAUCAUCAAUGACCUCAACACCAACUCGGCGGUCGCUUGCCCCGCCCACGACGAGCAGCUCGUCGUUUCAAUCUCAACCGAGGCGAAUCCCUCUCCGACUUACACGGUCCAGGGCUACGCAUACGCAGGCGGCGGACGCCGCGUCACUCGCAUGGAGAUUACCCUCGACGACGGCGACACCUGGUCUCUUUGCGACAUUCGGUACCCGGAGGACGACUACCGUCAGAUGCCCUUCUCGGCCCCCGUCUGGGGCACGUUGGACAUCACUGAUCGAGAUGAAUGCUUCUGCUGGGCUUUCUGGAAGAUCGAGAUUCCCAUCGAGAAGCUCAAGGACGCCACCUCGAUCGCUAUCCGAGGAAUGGAUGAGGGUCUGAACUUGCAAGGGAAGACAAUGUAUUGGAAGUGAGUCGGAUAGUCUCGGAACUGUUCAAACAUUUCCCGAAUGGUGAAUGCUAACACCCCCUCCUUCUUUAUCAUCUUGCUCACCAGCCCCACUGGUAUGAUGGUAAGUCCAGAGGCUUGUCUCCCACUGUUCUCUCAAAAUUGAUCACUGACAUAUCUAUCGUGCUCUUGGAUCACAGAACAACUGCUGGUUCAGGGUCGUGAUUCACUCCUCAAUUUCCGAGACCGGCAAAACAGUUCUUCGAUUCGAACACCCGACCAUGCCGGGUUUGCAACCCGGAGGAUGGAUGGAGCGAAUGAAAGAUAACGGCGAGGAUAUUCUCCGAUCCCACUUUGGUGUCGUACCCACAGGAGAAGAGAGUGAAAUACUCUCGCAGUCGAAGGAGUCGGCCAAGCUGAAGAAAUCGACCGUGGUCAUGACCAAGGACGGCGUCACUCGCAAGAUUACGAUGGCCGAGGUGCAGGCCCACAACAAGGAGAGCGAACCUUGGUUCAUCGUCAAGGGGGAGGUCUAUGAUGGCACUGGCUUCCUUACCAAGCACCCGGGUGGCGCGGAAUCCAUCACCCUCGUCGCCGGCGAGGAUGCCACUGAAGACUUCAUGGCCAUCCAUUCCAUUGUAAGUCGUCGCGAGAUAGGGUGUCUGGUAGACGUGCGCUAAUUCAGAAUGUGUUCCACCUUUAGGACGCGAAAGCACAACUUGCCGACUAUCACAUUGGCACACUCGUCGUUGAGGAAGCCCCCUCCGCGGUUGUGCCCUCAACACCUACCCUCCCCGAUCCUAUCUUCCUGAACAAGUCCAAGUGGAAAGCUGCAACGCUGAUCUCGAUUGAGAAGCUCAAUCAUGACUCGCGCAACUACCGCUUUGCGCUCGAGUAUCCUGAACAGCAGCUAGGCUUGCCAACGGGGCAACACGUUUACGCUCGCUUGCGCCGGAAGGUCUCGCCGGGCGACGCCGAGGACAAAGGUGGUGAUCCGGUCGUCGAGGGCGAGCUCGUACAACGUGCCUACACGCCGGUGUCAUCGAACACUGCUCAAGGCUUCUUGGACCUUUUGAUCAAGGUCUACUUCCGCACGCCCAACUUCCCGGAGGGCGGCAAGAUGACCCUCGGGUUCGACGAACUCCAGAUCGGCGACAAGGUCGAGUUCAAGGGUCCUCUGGGAAGCUUCCGAUGGCUUGGGAAGGGUAUGUGCAACUGGAAGGGCGUUGAGAGAAGGGCGCGGAAUAUCGGGAUGAUUUGCGGCGGUUCAGGUAAGCUGUUCUACCUGUCCCAGUUUUGACUCGCGCGGGUCACUGAGCAAAUCCAACAUGUCUCGUCUUUCCAGGCAUCACCCCCAUCAUCCAGGUCAUGCGAGGCAUCAUCCACGACUCCGAAGACAUCGAUACGAACGUUUGGGUCUUGAACGCGAACAAGACCGAGGCGGACAUCCUCUUGCGAGCCGAACUUGAAGAGCUCGGCAAGCUCGUCGGCCCUUCGCGGUGUCGCCAGCACCUCGUGCUCUCCAAAGGUUCCGCGGACUGGGCGCACUCCAAAGGUCGCAUCAACAAGCAGAUGUUGAUCGAUCACCUUCCCCCACCGGGACCCGAUUCCCUGGUGUUGAUCUGUGGCCCCGACCCGAUGAUCAACGAAAUUGUCAAACCGGGGUUGGCGGAGCUAGGAUGGGAUGUACCGAAUACGUUGGUAGUCUUUUGA